AUGUUCUCAAAGGCAGAAGUAGAAAUAGUUUUAGCUGGUAAGAACCAUUUUAGGCCAAAUGAUAUUGUGAAAGGUGAGGUAGUGGUGACCGCAAAGAAAGACUUCUCUCUUAAUGUAUUGCAAUUUGUAUUCCGCAGUGAAUUGGUAAAUACUAUGAAACAAGUAAUUGAGGCAAGUCGAUUACAUACUGGUGAAAUUCUUUCAUCGCGGGUUCAAACUCAUACUGACAGGCAAAUUUUAAUUAAUAAUAAUAUUGAUUUGGGAGUAGGGUUGGAUGAUGUGAAUAUGAAUAUGAAAAAGGGGGAUUCAAAGCGCUUUGGCUUCGAGUUUCCAUUUCCUGAGUUUGCUACCUGUAAAAGUUGUGGGAGAGGUACUAGAUUGCCAUCUACCAAUUUUAGUACAACUAGCACUGUGAAUUCAUUGGGUUGCAAAGUUGCUGUAGUCCAUUUUUUAACUGCAACUGUGGAGCCAAGUUCAAGUCUAGGAAAAGGACAAGCUGAAAUUUUUUUGAGGUUUAGACAAACCGGGGAUGAGAAUUUAUUGGUGAACUCGGAAUCAUUGUCUUACAGGAGUGUGCAAUUAUGGGAAGGUAAAAUUAAAAAGUUUGUUGAUCUGAACUACGAAGAUUAUGGAGAUGACAAUGUUGCUACUGAAGGCGUUGAGUGUAUUGCGAACCCUCUUGAUGAAGCUCACAAUCAUAGUAGGUCUAUAAGGAAAUUUUUCAAUAGUAGCUACAAAAAGGAAAAUUACGGUAAAUUAGUUGGAGAUGUCGAAUUUGAGCUUGAACUACUUGUAAAGAAGAAGAUAGUCUACGUUAAACAAGAUGUUCGAGAUUUUUUUUCGUUGACAUUUCGAACAAGGGUGCCCUAUUUACAGCCUGACUACUUGCUCUACUCUAAAAAAUCCUCUCAGCUAGGUCUUUUUUCAAUAAGAUCGGCUUCAAUAGUACUUAUCAGAAAGUACUUGAUUACUGCUAACAGUCAAGAGGGAGUUUUUGAGCAAAGGACAAACCUCUUCAACACAAGGUAUGGACAUGAACUCACCUUUGACAUAGUUGAUUUUACACCCAAUUACCAAGAUCCCACUUUGUUGGAAUGGACUAUACCAAUAAAAGAACUACUAUUUUCAAAGGAAAUUUUGUUUUCAUCAGAUAAACCUAACUACGUGAAUGGUUGUGGUAAGCUAAAUAUAAGCCACUAUUUAAGCGUGACUUUAAGCGUUUCAGAAGAUUUUGAGGCCACUCCAAAACCAAUUGAGCUCGUAUUUGAUAUUAAAGUGAUGUAA